UAGUUAUGAGCAGUCCACAAGGAGCUCAACAAAAAGUCCACACAAAGGACGGGGGAGGAGAUAUAACACUUCCCUACGCGCUUCUCCUUAUUUUCUCUCUCCCUCCCUCUCUUCUCUCUUUGUCUGUGUUCUCUACCCUCCCUCCUAAUCUCCGCAUCAAUCGAUGGCUCGGUGCGAGAGCGACACUGCCCGUGAGCUCUUGUGCCGAGAUAGUCGAGCGGCGACGACCCUCAAGCUCAUAUCCAUCGUCGUGAUCUUCCUCACCAGUGUCUUAGGUAUAUCUUUGCCGGUGAUUCUUGCUCGCCAAUUUCACGGGAAACCCGCGUACGAGAAGAUUCUCCUGGUUAUCAAAUGCUUCGCUGCCGGGGUAAUCCUCUCCACAUCUCUGGUCCACGUCCUCCCUGAUGCGUUUGAUGCCCUCUCCGAUUGCCAGGUCGCCAGCCAUCACCCAUGGAAGGACUUCCCUUUCUCCGGCUUAGUCACCUUGAUUGGGGCUUUACUUGCUCUGUUGGUGGACGUGACAGCCAGUGCCCACGUCGAUAACAAGCCGAGCCACUACACGCCUAUUGGCACCCAAGAAGAGUCUCCAGCGGUAACGGCUUCUUCUGUGGGGAAGAAAUCGGUGGAUAGCGGAAUAGAGAUGGGAGCGAUGCCGGUGAGUUGCCAUGACCAACACGCCGAUGAAUUGGCGAAGAUAAAGCAGAGAUUGGUGUCCCAGGUUUUGGAAAUUGGGAUCGUAUUUCACUCGGUGAUCAUAGGAGUGACGUUGGGGAUGUCUCAGAACCAGUGCACCAUUAGACCUCUUGUUCUUGCUUUGGCGUUCCACCAGAUCUUCGAAGGGAUGGGCCUUGGAGGCUGCAUUGCACAGGCGGGCUUCAGCAUGGGAACGACCGCUUACAUGAGCUUCAUGUUUUCAGUGACAACUCCAAUGGGAAUAGUUUUGGGGCUGAUGAUAUUCUACAUGACUGGUUACGAUGAUAGCAGCCCUAAAGCCUUAAUACUGGAAGGGCUCCUGGGUUCUCUGUCUUCAGGUGUUUUGAUAUACAUGGGACUUGUGGAUCUCAUAGCCGUUGAUUUCUUCCACAACAAGAUGAUGGGUUCUAAACCCUGGUUGAAGAAGGUUUGUUACAUCGCCCUAGUGCUUGGGUCUACUACCAUGUCCGUGCUUGCUCUAUGGGCUUGACAUUUUUUAUUUUUCUUCUAUCUUUGUUAUUAAAGCAAACAGAGGAUACAUGUAAAAUGAAAUUAGUGCAUAUUAUGUUUAGCCUCCUACCAUUCGCAUAUUA